CAAGGCCGGCCUCCUCGCCCCUCUUGCACGGCCCGCCUAAGGCCUGGGCCCAGGUGGGCCCGAGCGGCGGGGUUACGGGUUGGCGCUCAGGCUUCUGGAGUCUCAGCUCUACCACCGCAGCCCUCUCCCAAGUGGGAAUACGAUUGAAAGAGACGAUGCGUAGAAAGCGCUUGGCACAAUGGAGGCCGUCAACAAAUGGGAGUUGUUGCUUUGACUAUUGCAAUCUGUUCAUUCCACAAACUUCCCUGGAUCUGGUGACUAAGCGGAGCGGGGUCCCUCACCCAGAAGUGAAGGUGGACAAAGACCGGCAGAUGGUGGUGCUCGAGGAAGAAUUUCAGAACAUUUCUCCAGAGGAACUAAAAACAGAGUUGCCAGAGAGACAGCCCAGGUUCGUGGUUUACAGCUACAAGUAUGUGCAUGAGGACGGCCGAGUGUCCUACCCUUUGUGCUUCAUCUUCUCCAGUCCCGUGGGCUGCAAGCCUGAACAGCAGAUGAUGUAUGCAGGGAGUAAAAACAGACUGGUGCAGACUGCAGAACUCACAAAGGUGUUUGAAAUCCGCACCACUGAUGACCUCACCGAGGCCUGGCUCCAAGAGAAGUUGUCUUUCUUUCGUUGACCUCUGGGCUGGAGAACUGGAUUCCUGAUGUCGGAGUCCCUGAAGAAACUGGGAACUGGGACCCCUAGGACCUGAACGUCUGAGACCCGACGGAAAUUAAAAUGCAGGAACUCAGAGAUCC